UUGUGUGGCUGCAGUGGGCGUCGUUGGCCAGAGAUGGCGCUAUUGAGUAUAUAUUUGUUUCAGUGCCGUUUCCCUCCAUGGUUUCUGCUCUCCCAGAGUAACUUGGCGCUGGGCUCAGAUCAUUAUACAGUCCCAUAUUCUCCCUCCAUUAAGGCAUCUUUCUACCUUUUGGGCUGAACAGAAAUUCCUCCAGAACCCAAGAGGGAAGAGUCCAACUUUUGAGGGGCGAUAUGGACAUGAAAAAGAGGAUUCAUUUGGAGCUGAGGAACAGGACACCAUCUGAUGUACGAGAACUUGUCCUUGACAACUGCAGAUCAAAUGAAGGGAAAAUUGAAGGCCUCACAGCAGAAUUUGUUAAUCUUGAGUUUCUAAGUUUGAUAAAUGUUGGUCUUCUCUCGGUCUCCAACCUCCCUAAACUCGGAAAACUUAAAAAGUUGGAACUCAGUGACAACAGAAUCUCUGGUGGCCUUGAUGUUUUAGCUGAAAAACUCCCCAAUCUUACACAUCUAAACCUAAGUGGCAACAAACUGAAAGACAUCAGCACUUUGGAACCCUUGAAAAAACUUGACCAUUUGAAGAGUCUCGACCUUUUCAAUUGCGAAGUCACAAACUUGAAUGACUAUCGGGAAAGCGUCUUCAAGCUGCUUCCACAGCUCACAUAUCUAGACGGCUAUGAUAUGGAUGACCGCGAGGCGUCGGACUCGGACGGAGAAGCUGAUGGAGAUGGGGUCGAUGACGAUGAUGAUGAGGAAGGAGAAGAGGAGGAGGAUGAAGAUGGAGAGGAGGAGGAGUUUGACGAAGAGGAAGAUGAUGAUGACGAUGAAGAUGAAGUUGAAGGCGAGGAGGAUGAUGAGGAUGGCAGUGGAGAGGACGAGGAGGAAGACUUUGGUCAGGAUGGAGAAGUAGAGGAUGAUGAAGAUGAUGACGAUGACGACGAUGAUGAUGAAGAGCAAGGAGGCAAGGGUGAGAAGAGAAAACGAGAAGCAGACGAUGAAGAUGAUGACGACGACGAUGAGGAGGACGAUUAAGAGCCAAUGAACAACUGUUACCAACCCUACCCUCUCCUUCCUUUUCAACAACUUGGCUAUCCCAUCAACCUUUCUUCCCUCCACAACUCCCCCUUUACCCAAGCGCUAAGCUCCCUGUGGGGGCAAGACUGUACCGGACGGGUGGAGCUGUUCAUAUGGAGCCUACGAGCUGAAUGAAAGCCUUCUGGAUCGGUGGCUUACUCAGCAUUCCACAAGUCCACUGUCAAUCCCCUGCCCGUUUGUGUUUCAAAACCUCUGGGGACUUUGGGGACUGGUAUUUAGUUUUGGGUCUGUGCUUUUAAUAUUUUGUUGAAAGUGUUGUUUUUCUUUUUGUUUUUGUUUUCCUUUCUUUUUUUGUUGACAUUUCCUCCCCCUUUAGUUUUUGUUCCAAAUUUCCCAAUAAGAUUGCUAUAGCAACUGUGUGACAAGCGGGCCAUAAUUUUAGUGUGGCAGCCUGUGGCACAAAUCAAGGUUGUAGCUACAUUUUUACUUUCUGUAAGACAAAAACUUUGUAAAUAAAAUAACAUUUUGUGCUUUG